AUGGACAAUCUGGAUGAACCGUCGGAUUGUCGUGCCUCAACAGACCAAGCCGUAGAGAAAUAUACUCAAUUAAGCAGGAAGAUAGUAUCGCUGAAGAAGAAAUGGGAACUUUGUAUAUUUCAGGUGACCCUUGAGAAUGAGCCAGAAAACAUUUCCAUCAAGAAGCAAUUGUCGCGUUUUAACCGACUGAUUCGCUCAACAAUGCAAUAUUUGAAGCCAAAGGAUUGUAAGUUUCAACUUAUGCCCUCCAUAAAACCUUUAGGUACUACCCUGUUCCAUCAGCUAUGUUCUGAGUUUAGAGAAAAUGACAAAUUCGUAAAAUGUGUAUACACACUCACCAUUCGCUGGUGGUUUUGCUGGAGAUUCAGUCUUCACCUAUCGCUAUUUCCCUAUCUAGGUACUUUAAAAAUUAUUGACACACUAACCAUGCAGGAUAUGUUCCGAUGCUGUAUAAUAUUCUGCUUGGAAUUCAUACAGUCUUUGAAACAGCUGUUAAGUAUACUCUUAUGUUAUUGGAGACACAUGAUGAAUUGA